UUUAUAACUUUGUCAUAUAAUAAAGAAGAAUACUGUUAACUGGCUGCAUCUGCUGAUAAUUAAAAUGGCACAGCCAAGCGUGGAUACAUCAACACUUUGCUUAUUUGAUGUCGAUGGGACUCUUACCGCAGCUCGACAAAGAGCAACCCCUGACAUGGAGGAGUUUUUGGCCAACCUACGAAAGAAAGUAAGAGUUGGAGUUGUUGGAGGAUCCGACUUCAGCAAGAUUAAAGAGCAACUAGGAAAUGAUGUGUUGGAUAAGUUUGAUUAUGUGUUUGCUGAAAAUGGGUUGGUUGCCUACAAGAAUGGGACAUUGCUGUCUGUACAGAGUAUUCAAGCAUACUUGGGUGAGGAGCUCUUGCAGGACUUCAUCAAUUUUUGUCUGGAUUACCUAGCAAAAAUUAAACUUCCUAAAAAGAGAGGAACUUUUAUCGAAUUCCGUAAUGGCAUGUUGAACAUCUCUCCGGUGGGCAGAAGCUGUAGCCAAGAAGAGCGAGUUGAGUUCUUUGAACUUGACAAAAGAGAGCACAUCAGAGAGAAGUUUGUAGCAGUUUUACGGAAAGAAUUUGCAGGCAAAGGACUUAUGUUUUCAAUAGGUGGCCAGAUCAGCUUUGAUGUUUUUCCUGAAGGAUGGGAUAAACGUUACUGUCUGGGAAUUUUAGAGAAUGAUUCCUAUGAGACCAUUCACUUCUUCGGAGACAAAACCAAACCAGGUGGUAAUGACUAUGAGAUCUAUACAGACCCCAGGACCAUUGGACAUGAAGUAACGUGUCCCAAGGACACCAAGAAGAUCUGUGAAGAACUCUUCUUUAAAUGAAGCCUUGAAGAUCCAAGGAAAUGGGUGUGGUUAGAUUUGGAAUUGAAAAAAGAAGAAUCUUCUUUUGAAGGACAUUCCAGAAGCUGCCCAGUCGCACAUACACACAAUAAAAAUGGCCGUUUCAUUUUGAUUUCUCUUUAUCUGACGAGUUGUGAAAAUCUAGGUUUUCCAAGGACGGAUGUACUGCUGUAAUCUGUAGUGGGUUGCCACAGCUGUAUAUUCUGCUUACUCAGAUCCUAGCUACUUUUCAAAUUCACUUUUGAGAGUAAUAAAGUUACUGCAAUAUGCCAUUUUACUAUGAUAUGCAGUAGGACAUCUGAUUGAAUUCUGGGCAGAAUAAUGCUUAAAUGCUGAGUGUGUGUGUGUGUGUUUGUGUUUGCAUAGAUCACAUUUGGGGACCAAAAUGUACCCAAAGCAUGGUAAAACCUGAAACUUUUGGGGACACUUCUUCAGGUCCCCAUUUGGAUAACCUCAAUUUUAUAAAAAUCUGUGAAUGCAGUCAAAAAAGUAAAAGUGGCUGGGUAGGGGUUAAGGGUGACAGCAAGAAAGAAUAUGUGUGUGUCUGUGUACUUUUCAAGUGCAAUUUUGUUGAUGUCAUCUCCCAAAUGUACUUUGCUGAGUAAGACAAACAGGUUAUAAACCCAACAUAACAUUA